AUGGCGCAGCCGCAACACGUCGUUCCAAAGUACGCGCACACGCCCGGGUUGACGCGUGUCGCGUACUCUGCUGAUGGACGGUACCUGAUUUCCGUGGGCGCGAACCGGCUUAUUCGCAAGUUUCUGGUCGAUUCGCCUGAUGACGAGCCGAUUAAUACGGAGUAUCAUGAGAAGGACAUUACCGGGAUUGCGACUUCGAAAACACAUUUCGCGACAUGUUCGGAGGACGGGACCGCGUCUUUGUUUGCUGUUGAGACGAGUGAAGUUGAAAACAUGCUCAUGCGCCAGAGCAUGCCCUUCCGAGACGUCACCUUCAGCAAUGACGGACAAUGGAUCGCGCUGGCGGGAGAUGACACGACCGUCAAAUUAGUAAACACAAAAGAUAUCACGCGAACAUUGUCGCUUACCGGCCACCGACAAGGCGUGAAGCACGUCUCGUUCCAUCCCAACGGCGCGCUGGUGACCACCGCAAGUUUCGACGGCACACUACGCGUGUUCAGCAUCAGUUCCGAGGAACCCGAGCUGGUAAAGACCUUUGACGGUCUUGCCGCGAGCAUCAAAGACGAGCUGGACGAGGCCUCGAUCAAGGUCGCAUGGCACCCCGACGGCCGCGUGUUUGCGACGCAAAACAAAACAAGGGACGUCAUCACAAUCAAUAGGAGUACAUGGGAACCCGAGCGGUCGUUUGCGAACGGCCACAUGGGCGCCAUCAACGACUACGCGUGGUCGCCUAACGGCGCGUACCUCGCGACCGCGGGCUCGGAUGCCAAGAUCCUGAUCUGGGACACAAAGUCGCAAAACAUCGUCAACAAAUUCAACUACCGCAACAUCAUCUGCGUCGUCUGGCAUCCGACCAAGAACGAGAUCUCGUUCACGUCUAAUAUGGGACAGCUGUAUACGAUCCCGGGCGUGGUUCCGGAGAAGUUGGAUAUGCCGUUCGGCAAGUCUAUUUAUCCCGCUCCGCUGAUCAAUGAUCCCGACGCCGGAGGCGCGGUGUCUUCUGUCAAGCCUGGUGCGCGAGGCCCGAUCGCGAUGGUCCCCGACGAGUUUGACGAUGAUAUCUCCAACGUCGACGAUCUCGAGGAAGUUCAGCGCGAGUGGAUCGAAGACGACGACGGCGCGGGCUACAUCCCGGACCUUGUGCCCGACACCGACUCGUUCUCAGACAGUCCUCGCAAGCGGCCGUACGGUCUGGCGAGUGACGAUCUGGCGAGUAACAAGCGACGCUUCGUGACGGUGAUGAAGGGCAUGCAGCACGAAGCGUUUCAGCCGGGAAGCACGCCGUUCAUCAACCAGCGCCGGUACCUGGCCAUGACCUCGAUCGGCUACAUCUGGACCGUUGACCAGUACGAGUACAACACCGUGACUGUCAACUUCUUUGACCGCGAGAAACAUCGCGAGUAUCAUUUCACAGACCACUUCCGCUACGACAAGGCCUGUCUGACCGACGACGCGGCGCUGUUCGCCGCCAAUGACGAGGACCGCGCGGGAUCGCGCCUGUUUUUCAGAUCCCACGGCGGUCUCACGGAUAGCUGGGACCUGUCGUUUCCGAACGAGACAAUCGCCUCGAUCGCGCUGUCAAAGACGUCGGUGGUCGUGUGCUCGUCCAAGGGCUACGUGCGCGUGUUCAACCUGCACGGGUCGCCGCUGCGGUUGUACAGGCAGUCGAGCAAUCCUGUAGUCUGCUGCGCGUCGCACGACGACUUUCUCAUGGUCGUGCGCAACCAGGGCGACGGGAGCGGCAAGCUGAUGUACACGCUCGAGAACGUGAAGCACGACGAAACCCUGCAGAAGAACGACGUGGUCGAUAUCCCUUACGGAGCCACGCUGAGAUCCCUGUUUUUCUCCGAAGAAGGAGAUCCCUGUAUCUUUGACUCGGAGGGCGUGCUUCUGAUUCUCAUGCACUGGCGCCAGCCUCUGCAGGCUAAAUGGGUACCCUUGCUCGACACGCAGGCGAUGGGCCGCGACAACCCAGACGAGUCGUUCUGGCCUCUGGGCGUGUUUGAGAACAAGUUCAACUGCAUCAUUCUCAAAGGCGGUGAGAAGAACCCCUCGAUCCCGCUUCCGAUCUCGUCCGAGAUCGAGAUCAAGCUGCCUGUCUACUCUGCUCUGUCGACAAAGUCGAGCGAACACGACAGCGCGCAGCAGAAAGACGCGACAGACAGCAUGAAGCUCGAGGAGCGGUAUCUGCAGGAGUCUGUGCUUCUGCAACUCUACAAGGACGGAGUCCUCGCGUCCUGCGGCGGCGACGAGUCGCUCAUGGACGAUGACCAGCGGGACGAGCUGUCGAGACGGGAGCUGGCGAUCGAUAAGCUUGUGCUGCAGUUACUGCAGGUGCUGUGUCGCCGGGGCGGGUAUGAUGGCAAGGCGUACGGGCUGGUGAAGAUGAUUCAUAAGGAUAACGCGUUGAGGGCGGCGAGCAAGAUCGCGCUGAGAUAUGAGAUGACGUCGUUGGCGGAGAAGAUUAAUAGAGAGAUUGAGAAGAGGUUGGAGGAGGAGGAGUAG